UCUCACAUACUUACCUCGGAAAAUACAUGUAUAAUUCAAACGAGUCCGGAGGAGCACCAUGAGAGAGUGGGAGUGAGGUUUGUCUGGGCGUCUGGUUUCCAACAAAUUUGCUCACCGGAGUACACUUGCGAGUUACAAAGAAAGAUCAGUCGGAAUUCAUUAGUUGUACAGUUAAGUGAUGAAGGAAAUUUAAGAAUGAUUCUCGGAAGAAAGAUCUUUAUUUUGGCGUUCUUCGUUCAUCUGUUGCAGUUAUCAUCGUUCGCAAAUGCGACCACAGUAUCCGGAAAUUGCCCGUCGUUCAGUAGUUCCAUGACACAAACGGAACUUUUGCAAGAAUUAGCGAACGAAUGCCGUUACGAUAAAAUGGUCAGGCCACCGGGAGUAAUUAACACCACGGACCCGAUCAAGAUUUAUACAAAAGCCUUUAUUUACACAAUAAAAUCAAACAUGGCCAAACUGCAAUUUGACGUGCAUCUGAUGCUGCAGUUCCGAUAUCUUGAUAAACGGCUGAAAUUUUCGGAUAUAGCUCCUUAUAUGACUCAAAUAUACGGCGGUCAGAACGCUCAUGCUCUAAUUUGGACACCUACCGUAUACGUCGCGAAGGAACGUACUUCAGCAGUGAUGGGAAGUGGCGUCAAAGAUCUGCUCAUCUCCAUCAGUUCUCACGGCACGGUUAUUUUAAAUACAAGACUGGAAGCGACACUCAAUUGUGGCUUCCGAUUGGAAAAGUUCCCAUUUGAUGUGCAGGAAUGCCCGUUGAUCUUCGAAAGCUGGACUCAUAAUGUGAACGAAAUGAUAUUGGACUGGGAUAAGGAUCCGAUUGUUAUUGCGAACGAUUUGUAUCUAACGGAAUACAAGCUCGUCGACACCUGGGCCAAUAGCUCUGGAGUAUCUUAUACCUCGUGGCAAUAUCAUUACGGGCAUUUUGCCGGCAAUUUCAGUUCAAUAAAUAUCACAUUUAAAUUAGCACGCGAAAUGGGAUUUUUCAUGAUGGAUUAUUACGUACCAUCUAUAUUAAUCGUAGUAAUUUCUUGGGUAUCCUUCUGGUUGCAUCAAGAUGCGAGUGCACCGCGAAUACUUCUAGGAACGAAUACUAUCUUGACAUUUAUGACGCUUGCUUCGAAAGUGGGAAAUUCAUUGCCGAAAGUCUCUUACAUAAAGGCAAGUGAGAUUUGGUUUUUGGGCUGUACAAUAUUUCUGUUCUCGGCGAUGGUCGAAUUUGCCUUCGUUAAUACCAUAUACCGAAGAAAAAAAAAUGUACCAUUGAAAAAGGUCAACAGCAAAUACAUCCUUAAGUCUACUUUAACGCCACGACUUGCGCGAAAGCAAUUCCAGAAAAAUACAACCGGAUUAGAACGAUCGCGAUCGUGGUCGUCAUUAGAUAAUACAAAUACGAGCAGCGAGCAAGACUUCACGAGUCAAAAUUAUCUCACCGUACACAGUUUUCCAAGCACGAUCAAUAUUCCUUCGGUGAGAAUAGAGGAGGAUAAGGAUCCGGAUCCUUGUCCGGAUUCUGUCGGCAGCAUCACGACCAUCGACAGCGGUACUCCACCGCCUAAGCCAUUUCCACGCAGACCGACUCUCGCCAAGUUGCACAAUUUCACAACGAUGACACCGCAAGAGAUCGCUCAGUGGAUCGACAAACGCAGCAGGAUAGUAUUUCCUGUGUCGUUCAUCAUAUUUAAUAUUCUCUAUUGGUCUUUCAUAUGGAUCUGAGAGCUUGUAAUGAUUUGUACAAUUUGAUUCAUGCAAUGAAACUUGGAAUAAUGUAAAUGAUAAAAAAUGGACAGAACCAACGUUUCCAAAAAGGUAAAAAAUUGCAAUUUUUC